UCUCAAUCUGGAUCCAUGCCAGAGAAUCCCUCAGUAGAAACCGCAAAAAGGACCACAAAACCCAGAGUCCCACCCCAGACUUCGACAUACCUCCCUCGUAAUAAGUCUAAUAAGCAGCGUGUCAGUCUAAAAAAUGACAAAGCAUGGGUAACGAAGCACAUUCCCAAAGACGUCACGCAGCAUGUGAGAAGGAAUACCCCUUCCCGAACUAGAAGUAACAUGCCUAACAACGCACAUAACUUGGGAAUGCAACGUAGAAUGGAUCCUCAGGAUAUAUGGAGCACUAAACGGGACUCAUAUAGGCACCAUAUUAACGAAAAUCCUCGUCCAAACUCUCGCACUAUCUAUAUUAAACCUCAUCAACUUAAUGAGAACAGGUCGGCACUUGAUCCCCUCAAUAACUUCACUCACAAACGUGACGUGAGCCAAUAUGCAUAUGGCUAUGAAAGCCCCAUGAGGUACAACUACCAGGGUAAUCUUAACUCAGGGUACCUAGGUCCAGCAAACUACAACCCAAAUUGCAGGGCAGACCAUAUAUCACCAGUAGAUCAACGCAGAUGCCGACCCAUGGAUGCUAAUAGUCAAAAUAUGCAACAGGAUUAUUUUCGGCUGCAGCAAACAAUAGCCCCACUCGCUGCACAGUUCAUCCAGGAAAUAGUACACACACUGACUCUGUCUCACCUCAGAGCCCCUCCAAACAUAACGUAGGGAUAGUGACAAGUAACCAUGUUAACCUCUCCUCCAAUAACUCUGGUUUACUAACAAUUAUGCUCCUGAAUGCUAGAUCUCUCCUUAAUAAAAUAACAACGCUUCGCUGCCUGGCAUACAUAGAACGGCCAACACUAAUAAUGGUGACUGAAACCUGGCUUACUACUGAUAUACCUGACACAAAGCUGGUAAUAGACAACUACGACAUCUAUAGGAACGAUAGAGUUGACAAAAGAGGAGGUGGUUGCUUAAUAUAUGCCUAUAAAUCCACUAACUCCAAUACUUUCAAUAACCCAAAUACUGACAAACUCCCAGAAUCUAAGUGGAUAAGCAUCCACACAAACGAAAGUAAAAUUCUCGUGGGAUGUAUAUACAGACCCCCCAAUAGCCCUGAAAUGACUGAUAUAACUAUUGCAGAAAUACUAGAGCAUGUAGCUACGCUGGACUUCGACUUCAAAGUAGUAUGUGGAGAUUUCAACUUACCUGGAGUAAACUGGGAUACCUGUACAGGACCAAGAACCCAUGAAGAGCUACUACAAGCUAUAGACAUAGGAGGAUGGAAGCAGUGCGUGCGCCUCCCUACAAGGAACCAAAAUACUCUUGACUUAAUCCUCUGUCAUAACAUAGAGCCCAUCUCGAUAGAGGUGGGAAAUAAACUCGAUAACAGUGAUCACAACAUAUUGUACUGCACGCUCCCCCUCCGACUAACAACUAAAUACACACCUAAAAAUUCCCCGGUG